GUGAGCGCCCUCAUGAUGAGAACAGCCACUCCAAUUAUCCGUGUGCCUCCCGUGGACACUCCCUUCUCACUUCAGUGCUUACUCAACCACGAAAUCCAGCGCUGGAUUCCAAGAUACCGCUCGCGUGGAGAUUUAAAACUGGACAGAGACAUAAUCAUCCAGAAGAGAAGACGGAGGGAUGCGAGGGCGUUUGGGGCCAUGAUUAACAUCCAGUUUUUGCGUUUGUGCUCCGGAAUAGAACGAAAAGACAAGAAGUCAAGUGGUCUAGCACUCAAGACAACAGAUGAGGGAGUGCAGGAAGAAGAGAUCUGACAAAGUAUGGCUGCACCUGAUCUUUUAGAUCCUAAAUCAGCUACACACAACACCAAACCACGGCUGUCGUUCUCUUCCAAGCCCAUUGUAUACAACUCGGGGGAUGAUUGUGAUACCAUAACCACCGUAAUGAAGUGGAAAACAGUAGUGGCGAUCUUCCUGCUGGUUGUUCUGUACCUGAUCAUCGGAGCCACGGUGUUCAAAGCUCUGGAACAGCCCCAGGAGAGCUCGCAGAAGUACCUCAUAGUGCAAGAGAAAAUGAACUUCCUUUCCAGGCAUACCUGUGUCAACGUCUCUGAACUGGAGGACCUGGUCAAGCAAGUGGUGUUUGCUAUCCGGGCUGGGGUCAAUCCCUCGGGUCACCCCUCCAAUGAGAGCAGCAUGUGGGACCUCAGCAGCUCCUUCUUCUUUGCAGGGACUGUCAUCACCACUAUAGGCUUUGGAAACGUCUCUCCACACACAGAAGGAGGCAGGAUCUUUUGCAUUAUCUAUGCCCUGCUUGGGAUCCCACUCUUUGGCUUCCUGUUGGCUGGAGUGGGUGAUCAGCUGGGGACCAUAUUUGGUAAAGGUAUUGCCAAAGUGGAAAAGAUGUUUGUGAAAUGGAACGUGAGCCAAACUAAAAUCCGUGUGACAUCCACGGUCCUGUUCAUCCUGUUUGGGUGCCUGCUGUUUGUGGCCCUCCCAGCCCUCAUCUUCCAACACAUUGAAGGCUGGAGCACUCUGGAGUCCAUCUACUUUGUUGUCAUCACUUUAACCACUAUUGGAUUUGGAGACUUUGUGGCAGGAGGCUCUGAGAUAGAGUAUCUGGACUAUUAUAAGCCCAUCGUGUGGUUCUGGAUCCUGGUGGGUCUUGCUUACUUCGCUGCAGUUCUCAGUAUGAUUGGAGACUGGCUUCGAGUCAUCUCCAAGAAGACCAAAGAGGAGGUGGGAGAGUUCCGCGCUCACGCCGCAGAAUGGACGGCUAACGUGUCAGCGGAGUUCAAAGAGACGCGCCGCCGCCUGAGCGUGGAAAUUUACGACAAGUUUCAGCGGGCAGCGUACAUCAAGCGCAAGCUGUCAUCAGAGCUAAGCCAAAAUCCAGAUCAGGACAUGAUGCCCUGCAAGAGGACCCUGUCUGUAAACUUCACGGAUGAACUUGAGAAAAAAGGACUCUCUACAUUAACAAAAAAUGGUAGCCUGUACCUAAACGGUCUAACUCCGGACUGCCCAGAUCACGGCGAGAUCUGCAUCAUUGAACAUCUCAAAUAAAGCUCAAGCUUCUUCUGCACAUGCGAAAACAGGAAGAUACAUUUGUGUCUACAAAUAUGUUUGUUCACAAAGCUCUAUCAGAAGCAUUCAUAUCUUUCCUGGAUGUACUGUAUGCUGGAAUCAGUGAGCGGGUGCAUUUAUGCCUUGCUCCUGUCAGAUGAAUCUGUCUUUACAUUUUGUAGUCGAGCGAAACACGACAGCAGCUUUUAUUAUCCAGUGAAUCAUAUAUGUGCCUUAAAAUCACCAGGAACAGACUUCCCAGAAGCUGCUACACUGAAUGAUACGGAGAAAUAUAUUGGUUUUUUUAGAGCCUGAACCACCAAUCUUCUACAAACACUGACGAACUUAAUGUGUUUUUGGAUGCAUAUCCCAAACCCAGCAUGUGUGAGCGUCUGUUCAAAAACCAUUACAGGGUAUCAGGCAAGAAUAGCUGAGCGUUUAUGAUAUUGACACAGAUGUGAUUGGUGGCUCAGCAUUUAUAGUUUAUAUAUUGCAUUAGCACAUGCAUUUAGAGUUUAAAUCCACAUACACAUUCUGUUUAAAAGCAGUUGUGACCGAAAAGAUAUGAAACAAUGUUGGAGUCGAAGCAUCUCAGCUUGCAUAAUUUUAGAUGUGAUGUGCACUGAUAGCAUGAUUCUGUAAGCAAAUGCAAGUUUUCUGAUAGAAUUGGUCAUAAUUGGAUAUAUGACCAAUGCACAAUCAUUAAUCUUUCAUUGCCUGCUGAAUAAAGAAAGUUGUGUGUUAAUGCAAUGUAUAAAUAUAUUUUUAGCAUAAAUCUUGUAACAUUUUAUGGCAGUUAUAUCUGCCUUAAAGUGAUAGCUCAACCAAAAAUUACUUUCUGGCAUCAUUAACUCACCAUUAUGUUGUUCCAAACCAGGAAUAUUAUAGCUAACUAAAACUGAAACU